UUUAAUUUUAGUUUCAUCUCAAUAUUUAAUUUAUUUUAUUUAAUUAGUAAUUUAUUGAUUUUAUUUAAUUUAGUCCAGUGUCUUGUUUAACUCUAAAUGCCUGUUGCAACAACAUCUUACGUUAUCCUUAGUUUACUCGCAGUUUCGCCGUUUGUAACAUUUUUUUUCGCUCAAUCAUCUAAAUCCAAAGGUGAAUCAACAAUUAGUAAUACAACCAAAGACAAUGUCUGCCGAUCUCCACUUUGUGUAUCUGAAGCUCACCGGAUAUUGGAAUCGAUUGAUGAUAAAAUCGAUCCUUGUCAAGAUUUCUAUCAAUUUGCUUGUGGAAAUUGGUUAAAGACAAAUCCAUUGCCAACAGAUAGAUUAAAAUGGUCUCCAUUGGAUAAAUUGGAGAUUCGUGUUAAAAGACAGAUAAAGGCCUUGUUUGAAGCUAAAAAUGAAAAAAAUUUGACUUGGACUCCAUAUUCAACUGCAAUCAACAUUUAUGAAAGAUGUUUGGAUAAAGAAUCAACCAUUGGCUACAAAUCAUUGAAAAGGUUAAUCAAACGGAUAGGAGGUUGGCCAAUGGUUCAAUCUAAAUGGGACUCUAAUAGAUUUGAGCCUGAAAAUACAUCCAUCUUGUUACGUACAAUGUACGGCCUUAAUUGGAUAUUUGGAAUUUAUUUAUUCACUGAAGGACAAGGAGAUAAACUUCAAACAUAUUUACUGCUGGACUCUCCUUCAUUUGGUGUUGAACGUAAAUACUUGUCCAGUUACACAAACAACAUGAGACUUCAAUCACGCCAAUUGAAUCCCUACCGUUGGUAUAUCGAGUCACUGUCUCGAUUGGUGGCUGAUGAAGGUGUCAAUGAAAAGCAAUGGUCCAAUGAGAUAAAUCGUAUAAUGACCUUUGAAGCUAGUUUAAUGGAGAUCACAACUGAUAUGGACAGUAAAGUUCAGCGAUCAAUCCAAGUAUCUCAAUUGGCUAAUCAUUAUCCCAAGAUUAGAUGGUUUUCAUUGAUAAAACAAAUUUUCACCGCAAACAAUAUUCCUAUGUCAUCUGAAAUGACCAUCUAUAUCAAUGACCACAAUUAUUACCUUCAUUUAGGUGAUGUUAUUAGGAAAACACCAAAACGAGUGAUUGCCAAUUAUCUUGGUUGGCGAGUUGCUGAACAUUAUGGAGUUUAUUCAUCAGAAGAAAUUCGGGAUUUAAGAUUCCAAUUUGAUCGGACUUUUCUUGGUGUUCAACAGCAACCCGAGCGAUGGGAAUUUUGUUACGACAUGAUUUCAAGUAGAUUACCUUUCAUCAUUGGACGCUUGUAUAUUGAUAAUUAUUUCAAUGAGAAAGCUCGAGAUGAUUUGUUAAAAUUGAUUGGUGAAACUAAAAGACAGUUACGAUUCCAAUUGGAGGAUAGCAAUUGGCUUGAUGCUUCAACUAAACUAGAAGCUCUUGACAAGCUAUCACAUAUGAUCGAUAUCGUUGGUUAUCAAGAUUGGAUUAAAGACAAUUCACAGCUGGAACGUUAUUAUUUUGAGAUUGAAAAUAUGCGCUCAGAGGAUCUUUUAGAUGAUAUUUUACUCAUGGAUAAAGCAAAAACGUUUCGUGAAUUUUCUGAACUCAAUCAGAUGAUUGGACGAGAGCAAAUGCAUGUAAUGUCACCAACCGAUGUAAAUGCUUACAAUUAUCUUCGCCGUAACCUUCUCUCUUCAACCUCUCUGUCAGCUUUUCCUGCAGCCUUACUCCAAAAUCCUCUUUACACUUAUGGAUUGCCUCCAGCCCUGAACUAUGGUGGAAUCGGUUGGAUAAUUGGACAUGAGAUUAUCCAUGCCUUUGACAGUGACGGUAAACGAUUCGAUAAAUAUGGCAACCUUCGGAAUUGGUGGUCAAACAGUACAUUUCAAACUUAUCUGACCAAAUCCAGUUGUUUUCUCGAUCAAUAUUCCCAGUUAAUUGGAAGUACAAAUGGAGCAAAUAGCAUCAUGACAUUGAGUGAAAAUAUUGCUGAUACUGUUGGAUUGGAGUUGGCCUUUUCAGCGUUCAAAGCAAACUUUGAUUCCCAAAAAUUGACAAAAAAGUCAUUAUUUUCUUCGAGCAAAAGUAUCCUUAAAGGUUACAAUCAAUUGAAACACUCAACUGACACAAAUCAUUAUUUGCCUCCAGAAUUGAUUAAAUUCACUCCUGAACAGUUAUUUUUCCUUUCUUUUGCUCAGGAAUUAACAAGUAAAUAACCAAAUGACCAACUAACUGGUCAUUUUUUGCCUUCUUUUGUUUUGUUCCCUGUUAUUGUUUCGCCAUCAUCCUGUUAACUCUUCAUCGAUUGAAAGUCCAUAUAAUCUUAUAAUUAUGUUUUUCCUCUCACCAAAGACCAAAACAAAGUCGAAAGAUAACUUUUACCAUCUUCUUUCAACCUCCAAUCCAGAAUCAUUUUGACUCUUAUCUUCAUCCUCAUCACCCUUCACCACUUUCCUCUAUUUUUCACCUUCGUUAGACUCACUUGUUUAUUCCCAAAAGAAGUGAAUGGAUGAUUAAAGGACUUAAUGGGAAGAUAAGAAUGAAUAAUAUAAUAAAUAGAAACAAAACAAUAGUUUUUGCGACUCUUUUCAUGUUUCAUCCGUAAAGCAGGUUAACUUGUCAAUUGUAGAUCAGACAAAAGUAUUUCAUCAAAUCCUUGGUCAAUGGACAAAAGUUUUACCUUCACUUUUCGUUUGUUAGUUUUGUCUUUUGUUUUUCAUUCCUUGAUUAGUUUUAUUUGAUUUUUUCCUUCUCUAGCUUCAUGAUUGCUUCAACAUUUCCAUUGAUUCUAUUCACAGAAUUCAUGACUUUAUCACAUCAACUACUGAACUGAUUUCCCCUUCAACUUGAUUAAUUUGAGAUGAAAUUGUUUGCUAAAC